GGCUGUGAGAUGAGGAAGAGAGUGAGGAGGAAGAAGUGUACUGAACUCUGGUGAGCUCCCUGCUAAACUCAUGCUGUACUACUAACACCGAAAAGACUGGUGUAAAUUUGGAUUAUUUCAAUGUUUCUCAUCUUGAGAAUGUGUCACAUCUCUGUGAUGAUGCACUGAAGACAAAUUAAAGAUGGAAGUGGAGGAGGCUGGUGAAACGAGGACUUCCUGGUCUGCUGUGCCAGGAGAGACUUAUUCCAUCCUCUGUGACCAUGCUGGGAAGAAGAGAAAACAAGAUCCAGUUCAUGAACCUGUCCCCAGAAUCAUAGAGAAUGAUGAAGAAGAGGAAGAAGGUGAAAUAUCAGACCACAUAAAGGAUUCAGAGGAGCCCAGUAAUAAAAGGGUCAAACCUGUGACAAAGUCCAACAGCCUAACAGGUGUCAUAACCCCAGUGAAGACCCCUGCUCUGAAACGCAUUGGCCAGUCCAUUUCGCGGUCUAUUAGUUUUCGCACAGAGGCUCGACCUUUGCCCCUGGCUCCCCUGCGCUCUCGCCCAAAGGCCUCAUCAUUUCCACGCCGACGCAGCAGUCAGUGCUGGAGUGACACUGUGGAAAGUCAUGACCUUACUGCAAAGGAAAUCAAACGUCAAGAGGUGAUCUAUGAGCUGACUCAGGGAGAGAGGCAACUUAUUGACGACCUGGAACUAGUUAAGAAGGUGUACUAUGAGCCCAUGCUGAAGCUGGACAUCAUGACGGAGAGUGAGCUUGGCCACAUCUUUGGUACUCUGGACUCUCUCAUUCCUCUCCAUAAGGAUCUUCUGAGGCGUCUGGAGCGCCUGAAAGGAUCGGAGAAGACAGUUGGAGAGGUGGGGCCUACGCUCAUGAAUUGGUUCCCUUGCCUGGAGGCCUAUGUUACAUACUGCUGUAACCAGGUGAGGGCCAAAGCCCUGCUGGACCAGAAAAAGCAUGAAAAAAGAGUGGAACACUUCCUGCGCCUGUGUCAGGAGUCUUCAUUCAGCAGAAAACUGGACCUGUGGAAUUUCCUAGAUCUUCCUCGAAGUCGUUUGGUCAAAUACCCGUUGUUGUUGAAAGAGAUACAGAAGUGCACACCUCCUGAGCACCCUGAUGAGGACACAUUACCUGAUGCUUUGGAGAUAAUCCAGAGCAUCGUGGCAGAGGUGAACAAGAAGACGGGGGAGGCUGAGUGUCAGUUUUACAAGCAGCGUCUUGCCUUCCUCGAAGAUUGCCAGGAAUUACCAGAGAUCCAGCAGUCCCGCUUCCUCUACUGUCACGGAGAGCUGAAGAACAACAAGGGCCAGCGGCUGCACGUUUUCCUCUUUGAGCUGGCACUGGUGCUGACCAGACCAGGGGAGGACAGAGAUGGAGGUCAGGUGUUCAAUGUGUACAGACAGCCCCUCCCCAAUGCCUUGAUAAAUCUGGAGGAGAUCCCGGAUGGAGAGACUGGUGGAGGGAGCACUUUCAGAGGAGCCUUCACUGGGGGAAAUGAUAAAGUGAAGAACUGUUUCCGCGUGAGCAGCAGAGGGCGCUCCAAAGCUCACCCAUACAGCCUGCAGGCUAAUGACUCCUUCAGCAAGCAGCAGUGGAUCACCUGCCUGCGCCAAGCAAUCAUCCAGUCACGAGAUAGAACUGCUCAGACCAGCCAGCCGCACCUCUCCUCUCACCCUGAUCCCUCCCUGUGUCAUAUAGCUGAGCUCAGCCUCAGCUCAGACACAGAAAUGGCAGACCAUACCAGUCGCUGACUGUUAGACUGAUUAUCCGGAGGCCUGCAGAGUCUCCAUAGAUCUGUACAUUGACACUGGAGAAAAACAUUUUGUGGGAGAUGAAUGUUUGUAGACACACACAUUUGAAUUCCUACAUGGAUCUUUUUUUUUUCUUGCUUUUUAUGUUGCAUUGUGUGAUUGUGGUGAUGUGAACUGUAAAGCUUGGGAGCAGUGUUAUUGAAUGUAAAUUCACCAUGUCGAAUGUUUUUUGUUAUACUUGUUUUUUUGUCUAUUUCUUAAUAAACUGACAAAUGUUUAUUGAGAUACUCAUGGAAAACUACACAAAGACAAGUCUAAGUAUAGCUAGCAAGAUCCGCAGAGAAAAGAUUAGGGAUGGUUAUCCUCCCUCACUCCUUCUUUAUCCCUCUCUGACACCGAUGGUAGGGCAAGGGAGAGAGGUAGACAUUCAGUUCUAGCCUACAGCCACAGUGAAACAGUAGACAUCCCCUUAUGCAUUUUUAACAGCUCAGCGGG